CCAGCCUCAGCCACAAUAUGGCCAGCCUCAGCCACGUUACGGGCAGUAUCAAGCUGGGUAUGGCCAGCCUCAGUCUCAGCCUCAGCCUCAAUAUGGCCAGCCUCAGCCAGGUUACGGGCAGUAUCAAGCUGGGUAUGGCCAGCCUCAGUCUCAGCCUCAGCCUCAAUAUGGCCAGCCUCAGCCAGGUUACGGGCAGUAUCAAGCUGGGUAUGGGCAGCCCCAGCCAGGUUAUGGGCAGCCCUAUCAGCCAGGUUACGGACAAGCACCAUCUGGUAAUGCCAUACCCGCUACCAAUACACCGGCCGUCCCUGCUCAGGCAUCGUACUUUGAUUACACCGCGCCGGCAAGUUAUGGUGAGGUUCAGCACUGGGAGGGUUCGAACGAAUGGGAGACAAGUAUGCUCCGUGCGCCGUGUGAAGAGCCAUGUUUUUGCAUAG